AUGUCACCAGUGUUUCCCAUGUUAACAGUUCUGAGCAUGUUUUACUAUAUGUGCCUUCGGCGCCGAGCUAGGACAGCGACGAGAGGAGAAAUGAACAGCCGGAGGGCUAUUGAAUCAAACACCCGAGCCUUACCUAUCAAUGUUGAAAUAGUUCAGUAUGCCAAAGAAGUGUUGGAUUUCAGCUCUCACUACGGUAGUGAAAACAGCAUGUCAUAUACCAUGUGGAAUUUAGCAGGUAUUCCAAACGUGUACCCUAGUUCUGGUGACUUUACUCAGACUGCUGUCUUUCGAACUUAUGGGACCUGGUGGGAUCAUUGCCCUAGUGCUCGGCUGCCGUUCAAGAGGACGCCACCCACCUUCUGUAGCCAGGACUAUGUGGAACUCGCUUUUGAGGAACCAGUUUAUCCCACUGCGGUGCACAUUCUGGAAACCUAUCAUCCUGGAGCUGUAGUUAGGAUUUUGGCAUGCUCUGCAAAUCCUUACUCACAAAAUCCACCAGCUGAAGUAAGAUGGGAAAUCCUUUGGUCCGAGGCACCUACAAAGGUGAAUGGUCCUCAGGCUCGGCAAUUCACACCUUGUAUCAAACAGAUAAACUUUCCCACAAACUUAAUCCGACUGGAAGUGAACAGCUCUCUUCUGGACUAUUACACUGAAUUGGAUGCAGUAGUACUACACGGUGUGAAAGAGAGACCUGUGCUUUCACUUAAGACUUCGAUGAUUGAUAUGAAUGAUAUUGAUGAAGAUGAGGAUGAAGAAAAGUAUGCCUGUGGAAUGGACACCCUUAAUAAGCAGCUUAGCAUUGUUACCCUCAGGGAAUGGCCGACUAACGGAUAUUUUGAUAAACUGCCUUAUGAGCUCAUCCAGUUGAUUUUGAGUCACCUUACAGUACCAGACCUGUGUAGACUAGCGCAAACUUGUAAGCUACUAUAUCAACAUUGCUGUGAUCCUCUACAGUACAUUCAUCUCAGUUUACAACCUUACUGGGCAAGGAUUAAUGACACAUCUCUGGAAUACCUACAGUCUCGCUGCACUCUCAUCCAGUGGCUGAAUUUAUCUUGGACUGGAAACAGGGGAGCCAUCUCUGUUUCUGGAUUUAGCAGGUUUUUGAAAGUUUGUGGCUCUGAACUAGUACGUCUUGAGUUGUCUUGUGGCCAUUUCCUCAAUGAAACAUGCUUGGAGGUCAUUACUGAAAUGUGUCCAAAUCUUCAGGAAUUAAAUCUGUCAUCAUGUGAUAAAAUACCACCUCCGGCUUUCAAUCACAUAGCCAAAGUGGGCAGCCUAAAGCGUCUCAUUCUCUACCGAACAAAAGUGGAGCAAACAGCCCUGCUCAGUAUUCUGAACUUCUGCUCGGAGCUGCAGCACCUCAGCCUGGGCAGCUGCGUCAUGAUUGAAGACUAUGAUCUUAUAGCAAGCAUGAUGGGAGCAAAAUGCAAAAAGCUUCGCAGUCUGGAUUUGUGGAGAUGUAAAAACAUAACUGAAAGUGGAAUAGCAGAACUGGCUUCAGGCUGCCAGCUUUUGGAAGAACUUGAUCUUGGCUGGUGCCCUACAUUACAGAGCAGUACAGGCUGUUUCACAAACCUUGCACGUAAACUCCCAAACUUGCAAAAACUCUUUCUUACGGCCAACAGGUCUGUGUGUGACACAGACAUUGAAGAGCUUGCUGCUAACUGUACGCAUUUACGGCAGCUGGAUAUAUUGGGAACGAGGAUGGUAAGCCCUGCAUCUUUAAGAAAAUUACUGGAGUCUUGUAAAGAUCUUUCUUUACUUGAUGUGUCCUUCUGUUCACAGAUUGAUAAUAGAGUUGUCCUAGAACUGAAUGCCAACUUCCCUAAUGUGUUCAUAAAAAAGAGUUUCACCCAGUGACUCACUACAUAUGCUGCUGUGGAAUUCGUUUGACAGUUGUUUCCUGUGAAUUUGUGCUGACUCUUUUUAAGAAGAAUAUAGAACCCCUAUGAAAUAGUGGAAAGUAUUCAUUAGCUACACAAAUGGGUAAAAUACAUUUAAAAAUAUUAUG